AAAAUUAAGCCAAUGGCUAAAACAAAUAAAAAUGCUAAAACUGCAGUCGAUGCUAUUAAUGCUAUAUUAGUGCCAACGUUAGUGUUAGGAGUAGUUAGCGUAGAAUUCGUUGUCGGUACAGGUCCACCAAGAGGUGAAAGUGUAGAAACAUUCGCUUUUGACCAAGUAAAAACCGUUCCUCCAGUAUCUAACACCGCAAGAUCGUCUAGAACUGGAACCAAUAAGAAUGAUGUCCUCGAG